AUGAUCUUUGUAACCGCAAAAUCACCUAGUGUGAACGCGCUCAGUCCACCUCACAGAAAACCGAAGCAAAGUAAUAAGAAAAGGCGUCUUUACGUCAGCGAAUGCCUUCUCCUGGUGAUCAAGAACCCAGAAGAAGAACAGAUAACACACAAACUUUUCCGGCCUUCCACUUCCAAACUGGCGGCGCCGCUGAAUGCGCAGUCGUCGCUGUCACACAUCACUAAGAGAAGGUUGGAAUUCGGGGUGGAUGUUGAAACGUUCAGACUAAACGAUAGACGAUACGAGCACGUAGAGAGUGACGGAUCCAUGGACGAAGACAAAAUGCUUGGCAAGCGGAGACGUCGGCUGCUCGAUGACGACAGACGAGACGACAUCGAUCCUCGACGCCGACCGAUGCCGACUCACAGGCCGCAAGCAUCUCGUCAUCCUGACGAUGAUGAAAUACUUAUUCGUGAGACACAGGCGGCAUUAAAAACUCUGUCUGGCAGCUGGCCCCGAGAUCAAUUAACGGCUCACAGUGGCGAUGAAAACGAUGACGCUACUGAAUUUGAAAACCUAUUUAGUGAUAAGAGAUCUGAUAAAAUGCUUCCGUCUUCCCCGUCACCGUCUUCAGAGAGUGCUGACGGUUCUCAUAAAAGUUUUAAUAUUGGACAUCAAGUUGACGAUCACAAUACCAACGGCACGGCGAGUGAUUAUGAUAGAAUAAAAGAAUCUCAAAGAUCAGAGAGGGACAGAAGCAUCGAUAGUUAUGAGAGAAAUGGUAAAUGUAACUACGAUGCUCCUACCUUUGACGAGCUCGUAGAUUCGUCUUCCAACGAAUUAGAGAUAGAUAUGUCUGACAGAAACGAUGACAAAUAUGACGACGAUAGAGAUUCUAAACAUAAGCGUAAAAAUGAAAUUGUAUCCGUCAACAAGCAAUCACUUUACAAUGCCUACAAAGCAGCUACUGCAGCACUUCCAUAUUCCACACAAUCUGCCUUUAAGCCUCCAGCGGAGGUGAAACAUAGAAUUCACGGGGCAAUGCUACCAAGCGAGCCUUUCGGAGGAUAUUCGAAUGAUCACGAGAAGAGUUCUGUGAACAAAGGGUCCAAGCAGUAUACGGUUCUGCAGCCGGCGGGAGCUGGUUCACGCGCCGCCACGGCACUGCAAGAGGCGCGCGCGGUGCCCACGGCGCAGCCCGCCAGAGACUCACGGCCUCUCGCCGCACUCUCCCCACCGGUCGCCAGAGAAGGCAACAAGUGUCCCACACCUGGCUGCAAUGGGCAGGGCCACGUUACCGGCCUUUACACGCACCACAGGAGUCUGUCAGGAUGUCCAAGAAAGGAUAAAGUCACACCUGAGAUUUUGGCGUUGCACGAGACAAUCUUGAAGUGCCCCACACCGGGGUGCAACGGCCGUGGUCACGUCAGCUCCAACAGGAGUACCCACCGAUCCCUCUCCGGCUGCCCCACUGCCGCCGCCCGCAAGGCAGCUGCCCGCUCCCAGCGAGCCAGACCUUCAGUUCCUCCGCCAACCCCAAUCACAGUUACCGUCGAGAGCACGGUUAGCGUUACUCCCGCGUCCCGUGUUGAACGCGAGCCAGCGGCGGCGUCGCCGCGGAGUCCCCCCGUGAAGCGAGAAGCCCCCGAGCUGCUCGUGCCAAAGAGAGAGGCCGCCGAGCCAGAGCGCGACUCCCCCGGGAUGGAGACGCGCCACGCCGGCUACGGCGCGCCGCCAGACCAGCGCUCACCUUACGAGCGCCCGCCAGACGACCACGUCCGAUCUUAUAGUCAAAUGAACGAAACGCGGUACGGUUACGAGUCUCGGUGCUACGAGGGUGCUCCAGCCUUCGAGCGAUACGACCCUGCGCAGUGUCCGCAACGUCCGUACGGCUGGGAGGAGGAGCGCUACCACGACCCUCACCUACCUACGCCCAUGAAAACCGACCAGUCCGAGCAGGAAACGAGCUCCGGCCCCAUUUACCCUAGACCAAUGUACCACUACGAAACGAGUAGCGGAGUAGGGGGCGUGGGUGCGGUGAGCGCGAUGCCGCCGGGCGUGCCGCCGGGCUUCUCCGCGAUCAACCUGUCCGUGAAGAUCGCGGCGGCGCAGGCGCAGCGGCCGCGUAGCCCAACGCCUAGAGAUCCGAGAGAUCCACGUCCGGCCAUAGAUCUUUCCACUUCAAGUGGUAGUCCACAGGGUCCAUAUGCAUCACCGGUGUACACAAGCGCCGGUGGCGGCAGCGGGGGCGGAGCCCGAGGCAGCCCGCAGCCGGGCGCUUCGCCCCAGCUCACCGCCAGCCCACAGGUGCCCAGUCCGCAGGGCCAGACCCUCGACCUUAGCGUGUCCCGUUUACCACAUAGUCGCGGGUUCCCUGGCGGCGUAUCGUACAGUCGAGAAUCGACGCCAGAUAGCGGAGGCAGCCAUCCAUACCUUGAAGCUUAUCAUCGAGAUACAGCUGGUUACGGCGGCGUGAGUCCACAUCCAGUAGCUGGCUACGGCCUGGGCCAGCCCGACUACGCAGCAGCGGCGGCAGCAGCGGGCUACGGGGGGUACCAAUACCAAUGUGGGGCCUAUCCCCCGCCCCCCGCGUACCCCCCACAUGCCCCACCGUACUCACCUCCCUGUUACAUGCCACCUCCUCACGCACCACACGACAAACCUAAAGAUAGCAGUUUGUAUAUGUGCAGCCUCUCUGGGUGCCCGCGUGCCGACCGCUCGCAGCUCCAGCCUCACUCCCAGGAGCUGAAGUGCCCCACGCCUGGGUGCGACGGGUCUGGGCACGUUACAGGAAACUAUUCAUCGCACCGGUCGCUGUCUGGCUGCCCUAGAGCGAACAAACCGAAGAGCAAGCCAAGGGAUGGACAGGACUCUGAACCGCUUAGAUGCCCUAUACCGGGAUGUGAUGGAUCUGGACAUGCUACUGGGAAAUUUUUAUCACAUAGAAGUGCCUCCGGUUGUCCAAUCGCGAAUCGCAACAAAAUGCGAGUCCUGGAAAGUGGUGGGACAGUGGAACAGCACAAAGCGGCGGUGGCAGCGGCGGCCUCGGCCAUCAAAUUCGACGGGGUGAACUGCCCGACGCCCGGGUGCGACGGGUCGGGUCACAUUAACGGGUCAUUCCUGACGCACCGCUCGCUGUCCGGGUGCCCCGUGGCGGGAGCUGCGACGCCGACCCCCCAGCCAAAGAAGCCAAAGUACCCUGAUGAUAUCACGCCGCUGUAUCCAAAACCUUAUUCCGGCAUGGAGAUGAAUAUGCAGACGGGAAACGGCGAGGACCUGAUGACUUUAGAGCAAGAGAUCACGGAACUGCAACGAGAGAACGCCAGAGUGGAAUCGCAGAUGAUGCGCCUAAAGUCGGACAUCAACGCGAUGGAAACGCACCUUAGCCAUGGAGAGAGGGAGAACCAGCUGAUAUCUCAGCGCAACAACAACCUGAACGAAUACUACGAGAGUCUCCGUAACAACGUGAUAACUCUGUUGGAGCACGUGCGCAUCCCGGGCGGCGGGCCGGCGCCCGCGGCGUCGUCCGGCACCCCGGCGCCGGCCCCGCCCGGGCCCGGCGAGAAGCCCGCGCACGACAACUUCGACUCGUACCUCACCAAGCUACAGACCCUCUGCUCCCCCGACGGAUACUGCCCCGACGAAAACAGACCCAUCUACGAAACUGUCAAAAACGCUCUCCAGGACUUCACAGUUCUCCCCACGCCUAUUUAAGGUUCGCAGAGCGCCGCCGAAACGGAGCGACAGUAACGUCCCCGUCGGUGGAGCUGACUCCGUAUCCAAACAGUGACUGAAUAGUCUCAAACCAAAGAUUUUCAAGUGACGCUCUACAGUGAUCAGACAAUGUGUUCUAAUUAGGUAACUGAUGUCUGUUAUGUAAACCGUUGUAUACGAUGUGUGACUUUUUUAUGACAUCACGUCAACGUUUGACUCGUUCGACUUUUUAAUCAGUAAGACGGACUUAAUCUAGACCUUAAUAAAUUUUAAACACUGUUACUCGUAUGCUUGAUAAUAAAUAAUUAUUGUUAGGAAGGAAUUUAUACUACGUACGUACGUAAGCUAUUUUAGCCCCACGAUCGCGUAAAGAUUCGAUUAUGUAAAUAUUGUACCUACAUUUGGACAUAAAUAAAUCGAUAUUAUCAUCUGAGUGUUCGUUGAUUGUGGAUUACGGAUUCAAGGUGCUCGCACAUUGCAGUUAUAACAUAUCUAAUGUUCUCUAACAAUGUCCAAUCAAGAGAAGGAUUUAUUAAAAAUGUUUUGUUACUUGUAUAUUUAUACAUAGUACCUAAUUGUAGCCUCAGUGUGGGAGCACCUUCAAGGGAACUAAGCAGGUCUUUCUUUUGUUAUACCAAAAACGAUAAAUAUAGCUUGUUAAGGUGAAACUGUUACUGUCACUAGGUUCUCAUGUCACUGGGAUUGUGCCAAACGCUUGCGUCACCGCAGCUCCCGUUCGCUGAUGUAUUAAGACUAAUUAUUAAUAUAGAAUUAAUGUCGAUUAUGUAAACAAGAUUAAGCUCCUUAUAGGACUCUCUAGUCAGUUUUGUAAAUAACUGUGAAUAAAUAGUUGUCGCGUCAUCGAGACGUAUUUAUUUGUAUUAGUAAAUAAUAAGAUCUCAUUAGAUCAAGUAAGUUAAUAAUUCACUCAUUAAUUGAUAACCAAUUUUAGGAAAUAAAUGGACUUUCUUUGUUAGCCAAUGUUCACUUGCUGUGAUUAUGUUACGUGUUACUUAUGUAUUGUUACCUACGAUUGUGAUAGCGGAAUGAUCAAGUUGAAUGUUAAUUUGCUAUAUUUUAGUUACUAUGCUCGCUUGACGUUAUGUGCAAAUAUUGUUUAAAAUAAUGCUGAACUUAUUUGUUCUUACAAUUUUUUAUCAAUUUCACUUUGGUACACAGAAUGAAUAAUAAUAUUCGCAUUUAAAUACUAAAACCUAUUACUAUGUUACUAAUCUGAUUGUCAUAUACCUACGUUUCUGUAAAAUAUUGAGUAUGUGUUGUUAAAGAGAAUAAAAAUAAUAAAU